AUGGGAUUCCUCAAGUCGCUCAAGUUCUACGCCAAGUCGUUUGUGUUUGGUCUGCUCAUCAUCGUCUGUGCGCUUUAUGGAGUAGUGGCGGGCGUGCUUCUCCGAUUGGUCGGCAAAGAAGAGUAUGCCCAGUACACCGUCGCCAGAGCGUUCUACCACUCAUUCUCAAAAUUGUUGGGUGUCAAGAUCACCAUCAAGAACGCACACUACUUGCAGACAAAGCCGUCUGUUGUUAUCUCCAACCACCAGUCUGCAUUGGACAUUUUAGUGUUGGGCAAGAUUUUCCAGCCAGGAUACACCGUGACCGCCAAGAAGGCGCUCCAGUACGUUCCUUUCUUGGGCUGGUUCAUGCUCGCGCUGGGCACGUUUUUCCUUGACCGCGCCAAGGGCGAGAAGGCGCGCAAGGUGUUGCAGACGGCGCUUGUGGGGUUGAAGACCAAGAAGAGAAGCAUCUUCAUGUUCCCCGAGGGCACCAGACUGGCCUCGCAGAAGUUGGAGUUGCUUCCGUUCAAGAAGGGCGCGUUCCACUUGGCGCAGCAGGCGGGCAUUCCGGUGGUGCCUGUUGCAGUGUCGAACUACAGCACGAUUUUCCACAGCAAGAGCAGAACGUUCAAUCAGGGCGAGAUCAUCAUCGAGGUGCUCGAGCCCAUGCUGACUGCCGAGCUCAAGACCAGCGAGGACGUGUCCCAGUUCUCCGAGGAGGUUCGCACAAGGCUUUCCCAGAAGGUCGAGAGCAUUGGCUAUGCGCCCGUGAAGGGCCAGCAGCAGGAGCAUGUAGAUGACGAAGACGACCAGCCGGAUAACGUUCUGGAGGUGAGCGUGGAGAUUGUUGACGAGAGCACGCCGUUGAUCUCUGCCGAUUAG